CGGGGAGGAAGAGGAGGGAGGGAAAGGAGCAGGAGCCCCGCAGGAAUCAAAGAUCCUUCUUUUGUCCCUUUCGUUCGGGACCCCGACAUAUGGGGUCAACGCGGGCUGAAUGGGUUCAUACUGAAGCCUCCCGCCGCGGACGCAGACGCCGAUGAGAACGCGCGCUAAUUAGAAAAACCUGGUGAAGCAAUUAAGCGCAAAGGAGGGGAAGACGCGCGGGUUGGAGCGCAGAAGAGCUGAUUUAGCGCUCCAGUCACCUCGGCACCAUGAGUUGGAGCUUCCUAACCCGUCUGCUGGAUGAGAUCUCCAACCACUCCACCUUCGUGGGGAAGAUCUGGCUGACGGUGCUCAUCAUCUUCCGCAUCGUGCUGACAGCCGUCGGCGGCGAAACCAUCUACUACGAUGAACAGAGCAAAUUCGUCUGCAACACGCAGCAGCCCGGGUGUGAGAACGUGUGCUACGACGCCUUUGCGCCGCUCUCGCACGUCCGAUUCUGGAUCUUUCAGGUGAUCAUGAUCACCACUCCCACCAUCAUGUACCUGGGCUUUGCCAUGCACAAGAUCGCCCGCAUGGACGACACCGAGUACCGGGUCGUGAGGAACCGGAAGAAAAGGAUGCCCAUCGUGAGCCGCGGGGCGGUGCGGGACUACGAAGAAGCGGAGGACAACGGGGAAGAAGACCCGAUGAUCGCUGAAGAGAUUGAACCUGACAAGCCAGAGAAAGCAGAAAAAGGCUCAGAGAAAAAGCACGAUGGUCGUCGGCGGAUCCUUCGCGACGGCCUCAUGAAAGUCUACGUGUGCCAGCUGAUGUGGCGCUCCGCCUUCGAGGUCGCCUUCCUCUUCGGCCAGUACGUCCUCUACGGCUUCGAGGUGAUCCCCUCGUACAUCUGCACCCGCUCGCCGUGCCCGCACACCGUGGACUGCUUCGUGUCCCGCCCCACCGAGAAGACCAUCUUCCUGCUGGUGAUGUACGUCGUGUCUUUCCUCUGCCUGCUCCUCACCGUCCUGGAGAUCAUCCACCUGGGGAUCGGCGGCAUCCGCGACACCUUCCGCAGGCGGGCCACCCUCAACCCCCGCGGCGCCCACCCGCCAACCUCCUCCUCCUCGCGCGCCAUGCCCACAGCUCCGCCGGGAUACCACGCCACCAUGAAGAAGGAGAAGCUGAAAUCGGAGCUGAGGGACUUGCCGAUGGGCGACUCCGGGCGGGAGAGCUUCGGGGACGAGGGCCCUUCUUCCAGGGAGCUGGAGCGGUUGAGGAGGCACCUGAAGCUGGCCCAGCAACACCUGGGCCUCGCCUACCAGGCAGAAGAAGGGAGCCCCUCACGCAGCAGCAGCCCGGAGGUGAACACGGCCGCGCAGUCCGCCGCCGAGCAGAACCGCCUCAACUUUGCCCAGGAAAAGCAGGGAGAGGCAAGCGAGAAAGGAAUACAUGCCUGAGCGUGCUUCCUGCCUCAAACGUCUGUCCUUCCAUUCCUACUGGCCUUAAACACAUGGGGGAAGCACAUAUGGGAAUGCAGUCAGACCACUGAGGGAGACCAAAGCGCGAGUGUGUGUGUGUGAGUGAAUGAGUGUGUGUGAGUGAAACGUGCCUUUCAGUAUUAGGGGGUCAGAUGAGAAUAGACGCAAAAAAAGAGAAAAGAAAUGCUGACCAAGCUGUGUUGCGACAAAUGGUUCAUCUCCACGACUCUAAACUUGAAAGCCCGCCACGUCUUGAGUUUCCGCUUGCCGACCGACGUCCAAACCUUUGACUGCGCCUUCAGCUAAAAAAAAACCUCGUCCCUGUUCUUUCGCCCACUCUCUGUUUUUUUGUUGUUGUUGUUUUUUUGUGGCCGUGCAAUAAUCCUCCAUCCACGUAAGACCUUGUAAGGAUCAUUUGCAAAAGCUUUAAAACUCCUCUGGCUCGAGUGUACUUUAUUUUUGUCUUCCUCACAAAAGAGAGGCUCUCCUUUUCAUCAGAACGUCACCGAAUGUUAACGUCUCACUUUGUCGAGGCUUGUUUGGCCUCGGAGAGAAUCUCAAACAACACGGCCUUGGGUUAUGUCAUUUUGGACCGCGCGUUUUGUUGCAACUAGGGCGGCUGAACCUGUGCUAGAUGAGUCAUGUUUAAUUUAAACAGAUUUGAUGUUGUUGGGGGUGGGGGGGGAUUAUUGUUUAUUAGCCAGAAGUCAUUGCCAUUUUCAGAGAUGUUUGACAGAUAUAUUUGCGAAGCCUGUAUAGUAACUCCAAUCGGCCAAAAUAUUUACCUGGGAAAUGCUUGAAUUGUUAAUCGACAGGAAAUGCUCCAAGGAAUUUCCACCAAUCACAUUUGUACAAUCAGUUCAUUUAAAAUAGUCGAUUUAUUUUUACCUUUUUUUUUUUGUUUUGUUUGACUGAUUUGACCAAAGUUCUAGAUUAGUUUUUUUUUCGUUUUGGCAGCCGUUUCACAAUGACAGGUAAGCAUUCCGGAUGUUCUCUUCCCUCAAUUUUAAGAAAAUCGAAGAAGGUUGAAGAAUAAUUUCACUUUUUUUUUUUUUUUUUUCUUUUGCUACCCAGCUGGAAACAUCUGUCUUCUGGGACACUGUCAACAAAGAAAUUCCAUCCUUGUCUUUUUGAAAUUUACAUUCUUCUUCGGUGAGACAUAUUUUCCAUCCUUGACAUGCACCACUACUUUUUUGUGCUGAAACAUGGAUGCCUUUGUGUAUCCUGGGAUUUAAAAAAAAAACAGAAAAAAAAAAAAUCUAAAACAACCCAGCUGAGGAAAGGAUGACAGUCGUCUGCUGACGCACAGCCCGGUGCCAUGUAAACACGUAGUCUUCAUCCAUCAUGGGACUUUUGGAUCAGUGUUCAUACGGAGUUCAAACCUUUUUUUUGUUUUUUUUCGUAGCCUGUCAGUCGGUUUUUAUGAUCCGUGGCUGGAAAAAUGAAACCACGGAUGGCCACAGAGCUGUUUGAUGCUGUAUUCUUGUAAUCAUCUCACUUCCAGUUUUUUGCUACUUAAUGCAAGGUACGACAUUCCAUUUUGAGUACGGCACUCCUUCAGUGGUUUAUACUUUUUUUUUUUUCUAUUGCAAGUUUUGUAGUUUUUGUAACUGUAGAGAUUAUUUUGUCUUCAGAGUAAAUAAAUAUAUUUGAACGGAA